GAAACCGAUAUUUAACAGUUCUUUAAUUACUAACAUGCUUUAUCUACAUAUUUAUGAAAACACUUUUAUAAGUAUAUGCGUAAUCGCUGUCUAAUAUUACCUAAAACCUGUUUCCAGUGAUGAUUUAUGUUUUUAUUUCCUGGGGCACUUCAUUGACUUCCGUUUGUGGUUUACCGUUUCUGGCUAGCUUGACACAUUCGUAGAAUCCAAUGGAAGCCUUCGUUACAACCCGGAGGAGACAAUCGACUGCGAUUUAGGUUGAAAAACGGUGUCGAUAUCUUCAGAUGUGCUUAUAAAGUCAAUCUGUUCUCUUCGACCUGGACCCGCUGUCUCUCCCGUUUCGUUUUUACGUCCUGAUUUGCUGCUGACGGAGUCUGUUUGGCCUUGUUUAUACUCUACAGGCCGGAUUAGGGAAGGAGGCCUGGCGGUGCUGUGCCAAUCUAACGGCCGUUUGGGCUUGGCUAAGUGUCUUUAGUGCUAAUCGGCUCUUUAGCUCACCAAAGAACAUGAACCAGAUGCAACAAUGACAUCCAGAUUUGGUAAAACCUACAGCCGUAAGGGAGGAGAGGGCACGUCUAAGUUUGAUGAAGUUCUGUCCACCAAGAGAGGCACCCUCAGUACUAAAUGGGGAGACACCACCUACAAGGCAAAGGUGGUCUCUAAGCGAGCCGGCGCUCCCAAGAACGACUCGGUCCUACAAGUUUACAAGAAGCCCCGCCAAGCUGGGGUUGGUCUGGAUGACCCGUUUGGGUUUGACAGCGAUGAAGAGUCUAAACCAGUGACAUCCCGAGUCGGCAGCAAGUCAUCUCCGUCCAAGCCUGCUUCGGCAGAGCCUCCGCUGGCGGAGAGGCCGGUUAUGUCAUUGGAUGCUGGGAGCAGAUCUAGUUUUCAAGGAGGAUCCUGCUCUGUGACGUCCACUCCAGCGAUGUCUUGGCGGGCCGGUGAGAGCAGUGAACCCAGGGAGAUGCUGGACACAGCUCAGUUCUUCAACAACAGCUCUGCAAGUAUAGGAAAGUCCAGACAGAGCUCAUCAUCUUCAGAGAACCAGCACAGCUAUUUGUGGUACCAGAAUGCCUCUGAGAGUGACCGGAAGCCUCUGGCUCAGACCACCACGCUGAAGACUGGGUCCAAGGCAGAAUCCACCUAUGACUCCUGGGACGCCAUUAUGGGUCUCCGCCCACCGUCACCCAUCCAGGAACCUCGUAAACCAGCCCCUACGCUCUCUUGGGACUCUUCUGGCUUUGCUUCAGGCGGCUUUGACCUGACGCAGACCCAGCACAAGAGGCCUGCUUCUCCUCCACGGCUGCAGCACUCCAGUGAGAAUGACGACCUGAUGGAUGAGUCAAACAGCUUUGAGACACCUGAUUUCUCCCAGACGUCUACCUCGUUAUCACAUGAAAGAAACUCUAACUGUCGGACGUACAGGAGGCCUAACAAACAAGGUUCUGGCAAAGCCUCGGACUCCAGCGGCUUCGCCGGCACCAUUUUUGGCACAGAUCUACCCAAAACCAUAAUUGAUGCCAAAACUACAAGCGGUCGAGGCCGAAUGAGGGAUUACACUGUGCUGCACCCCUCGUCCAUAUCCAUGUGCAACGUCACCAUUCAGGACCGAGCAGUAGAGGAAUUUAGUACAGAUGCAGUGCCCGCUAGUGGUGGCAGUGGUGCUGCUUCCGGCAGUGCCACACAGCUGGGAGAGAUGGGAUGGCAGCGGAAGAAACCUGAGGGGCAGAAUACAAGGUUCAGGCCGCCUCAGGUCAAGUCCAAGAAGGACAGUAAAGAUGACCUGUUUGGCUUUGAAGACACUGAUUUUCACCAGGAGGAGAUCACCGCAGACAGCACUGAUGGCAGAUCCACCUAUAAAAUCCAGUACUUUGGUUUUGACGACAUGAGCGACAGCGAUGGAGCUGAAGAUGACAACAGCUUUAAAGACAGGUGGAAGGCCAAAAAGGUUUCUUUCUCUAAGGUAGCUGUGGUGGAUACUACACAGGAAACGCCGUCUGAAGACAUACCAGAUCCGUUUGAGAGGCUGGAGAAACUACCUGCAGCCAAUGAGAGCAAGAUCAAUUCAGAGCUGCAGAAUAGCAAGAGACGAGCAGCUGCCCUGGAAUUUUCAGAGGAGGAUUUCAAAGUGGUGGCCAGCGGUCCCAGGAGGCCCCCUCUGAGCAAACCAGCUGAGAAGAACCCCGACACCUUCCGGAGGAUCUUCAGUGCUCAUAAGAAGUCUCCCACCAAAGCUGUGUACAACGCCAGGCACUGGACCGUGGAGAGCGAAGAGGAGCCUCCUCCUCCUUUCUUCUCCCGCUCACACACAGCUCCUGCUUCGGUGUCUGCUGUAGGCACCAGUAAGGAGCCCGCAGUCUCUCAGAAGGAUGAUGGAGUCUUCAAGGCUCCUCCACCUCCUCCUAAAGUCACCAAG